AUGAGCUUCCGGGAUGCGCUUCAGACAUAUUUAGAUAAUCCGGAAAGGCAUAAAGACCAGGUACUAUGGUCAAACGAAGACGUAGUAAUUAUCAGGGACCUUUACCCCAAAUCAACCUUCCACUAUCUAAUCUUGCCUAAAUUGCAUACGCAUGAGCAUCCACUUUAUGCCUUCAAAGAAAAUGAAAUAUUUUACCGGGAAGUAGAAAAUUACGUAAAAUUGACAAAAGAAAUUUUAAGGCAAAACUUAAAUAAACAUGAUGCUUUUGCCAAAUUAGAUGGGGAGAACUUCAUUAACACUUUUUUAAAGGUGGGAGUACAUUCCAUUCCCAGUUUGAAAAAUUUACAUAUCCAUGUAAUAUCCAAAGAUUUUCACUCUCCUAGACUAAAAAACAAGAAGCACUACAAUUCGUUUAAUACAGAUUUCUUUGUAGACUUUGAAAAACUAUGUCCUUACCCGAGACAAAACUCAGAGGAAGAGGAAGAGGAAAAGGAAAAGGAAGCAAUGCUAAAGUCCGAAGCUGAUACAGACAUAGAAUCUGGAUUAAGCGCUAGUGAAAGCGACGACUUGGAACGAAAGGCUGACGAGCCGCCCGAGACAAUCCCCCAAGCGCCGGAAAAUAAGCCUCACCAUAUCUAUGCACCUUUCUCACACCUAAUUGCUGGAAAAUCUCCUCACUCUCCCGAAACCAAAAAAAAAGAAACAAAUAGAUUGGAGGACAUUUUGAAGUCUCCUUUAAUAUGUCUGUAUUGUGGAAGAAACUUUGACAACAAGUUCUCGUCUUUGAAAGUCCACCUUAAGCAAGAAUUCAAUAAGAAAUUUUCUAGUAUUUAA